UAAAAACGAAGGAGGGAAAAAGCAUAACCAAGCGUCAGGGCUUGUGUAACGUCCUUUGAACAAACAGAAACCCAUUUCACCCUGGUGGCAUAAACACUGCUGCCCAGCCAGCGAGGUUUGAGCUCAGGAGCGGCAGGCCGUCCUGCUGGUUCCUCUGAGUAUUUUUGUCCUGCCGGUGUUAUGUAAGCGCCGGUGUUCCACUUUGCUUGCACAGCUCCGCGGCUUACUCGCGACGCUCCGGAGCCCACACCAGAGAUGAUGCUCUCCAGUACGCCAGGUGCUGGGGUUGCUUGCGAGAACAGUGCUGCUGCUGGACCCUGAGAGUGCCCACGUGGGCCGUGGGUGGCUGUGACUCAGCCAGACAGGCCCUGCUGAGGCUGAAUGCUGGAAGGAAGCAGUCGGAGGUCGGCACCUCACCAAGGCUUGCAGCUUGGAGGGUGUCUUCUGAGUCUUCUGUCAGUGGAAAAGGACUUGCUGCAAAGAGAUCAUGGCCUCAUACCGACUUGUGGCAAGGUCUAGGGAUAUAGCCAAUGUCAUGCAACAACUUCAAGAUGAGCAAGAGUCAGUGCAGAAAAGGACUUUUACAAAAUGGAUCAAUUCUCAUCUGGCUAAGCGCAAUCCUCCCAUGCUGGUCAAUGAUCUGUUUGAAGAUAUCAAAGAUGGGGUAAUGCUGAUUGCCCUUUUGGAGGUUCUUUCAGGGCAGAAACUGCCAUGUGAGCAGGGACGUCAGCUGAAGAGAAUUCACUGGGUUGCAAACAUUGGCACAGCUCUUAAGUUUCUAGAAGGAAGACAGUCUAUAUACAGAGGAUCUCCGAUUAAACUUGUCAAUAUAAACUCAACUGAUAUUGCCGAUGGUAGACCUUCUAUUGUGCUUGGCUUGGUGUGGACCAUAAUUUUAUAUUUUCAGAUUGAAGAGCUGACCAGCAACCUCCCACAGCUGCAAUCAUUGUCUAGCAGUGCUUCUUCUGUGGAAAGUGUUGUCAGUUCAGAAACUGCAAGUCCCCCAAGCAAACGGAAGGUGGUAACCAAGGUCCAAGGAAGUGCCAGGAAGGCUUUACUAAAAUGGAUACAGUACACAGCAGCAAAGCAAGUUGGAAUUGAAAUCAAAGACUUUGGACAAAGUUGGAGGAGUGGUGUUGCAUUUCAUUCCGUUAUUCAUGCUAUCCGUCCAGAUUUAGUGGACAUGGACAAAGUAAAGGGAAGAUCAAAUAGGGAAAACCUGGAAGAAGCCUUCACACUCGCAGAAACAGAACUAGGAAUUCCAAGGCUCCUUGAUCCAGAAGAUGUGAAUGUUGACAAGCCAGAUGAAAAGUCUAUCAUGACAUACGUAGCCCAGUUUUUGAAGUACUACCCUGAUCUUCAUCAUACCAUGACUGAUGUGCAGGAGAAUGAUAAGGAAGACAGGUUGAUACUGAGAGACCUAAAAGUGUGGGCAGAACAAUUUGAAAGAGAUUUAGCCCGAGCACAGGUGGCAGAAACAAGCUUACAGGAAAAAUACCAGUCAUUUAAGCAUUUCAGAGUGCAGUAUGAGUUAAAAAGGAAACCGAUUGAACUUGCAACCCAGUCCUUACGGAAAGAUGGUAAAUUAUUGCUUGAUCAAGCUAUAGUGAAGCAAGCAUGGGACAGAGUUUCUUCCAGGCUAUUUGAUUGGCACAUACAGCUUGAUAAAUCUCUUCCUGCACCUUUGGGUACCAUAGGUGCUUGGCUCUAUAGAGCAGAGGUUGCUCUGAGGGAAGAAGUAAGUAUUCAGCAAGCUCAUGAGGAAACAGCGAAUAUAAUACACCGGAAGCUUGAACAACUUAAGGAUCUACUGAAAAAUAUAGAAGGUCACAAAAAGACAUUCCAUGAGAUCCACAGAGCCAGGUCUGUUAAUGGAGUACCUGUUCCACCUGACCAAUUAGAGGAUAUGGCAGACAGGUUUAAUUUUGUUGUCUCUUCAUCUGAGCUCCAUCUGUUGAAAAUGGAGUUUCUGGAACUGAAGUACCGUCUACUGUCACUCUUAGUCCUUGCAGAAUCAAAGUUAAAAUCAUGGAUUAUCAAAUAUGGAAGGCGAGAGUCAGUGGAACUACUUCUUCAAAAUUAUAUUUCUGUAAUUGAAAAUAGUAAGUUCUUUGAGCAAUAUGAAGUUACAUACCAGAUCUUGAAAAGAGCAGCUGAAAUGUAUGCCAAAGCAAACGGCUCAGUGGAAGAAGUUGAGAAUGUGAUGAAAUUCAUGAAUGAAACAACAGCACAGUGGAGGAACCUCUCGGUAGAGGUGAGAAGUGUAAGAAGCAUGUUGGAAGAAGUAAUUGCUAAUUGGGACAGAUACAGCAGCACUGUGGCAGGUCUGCAAGCCUGGUUGGAGGAUGCCGAAAAAAUGCUUAAUCAGCCUGAACAUUCUAAAAAGGAUUUUUUCCGGCACUUACCUCAUUGGAUCCAACAGCAUACAGCCAUGAAUGAUGCUGGUAAUUUUCUGAUUGAAACAUGUGAUGAGGCCAUUUCCAGAGACCUUAAACAGCAACUUCUGUUACUAAAUGGAAGAUGGAGAGAGUUGUUUAUGCAAGUUAAACAAUAUGCUCGAGCAGAUGAACUGGACAAAAUGCGGAAGGAAUACCUGGAUGGUGUUGCCAGUUUGAGGGCCUUUGUUGAUGAAAACAAUAGAAAAUUUUCAGCACCUGUAGAAGUGUCCUUCCUAGAUGUCAAGAUGUUUGUACAAGACUUAGAAAAUAUUAAACAGAAAUUGCCUGCCAUGGAAGCUCAGUACAAAAUGGUCGCAAGAACAGCACAACUUGUUACAAAAGAAGUUUCCCAAGAGGAAGUAAAUGAAAUGCUUGCAACUUUGACAAGGAUCAAAGAGCAGAUAAGCAAGGUUAAGGAGUAUUCCUGUGCCCUGCUGUAUGAAAGUCAGCAUCUGCUGUCUCCACUGGAAGAACUGGAGAAACAAAUAACAAAUUUUUAUGAAUCUCUUGAAAAAGUCAAUGAAAUAAUUUCUAUCCAGGAUCCUGAAACACAGUCUACAACACUUCUUAAACAAAAAGCUCAAGAUUUGGUAGCUUAUCAAGAAAACUGCAAGAAAGCUUUGUCCCUCAUUGAGGGAAAUAGUCAGAGCAUCCUGCAGUGCGUGGCUUCUAGUGAAGUGUUGCAGCAUUUCCAUCAGUCAACAUUUCAGAAGAAAGUUACACAAGUUCAGAUUACUUUUCAGAAUAUGGUCAGGAAAGCUGGUGAAUGGAGAAAAAACAUAGAAGCAAAUAGCCGUCUGAUGAAGAAAUUUGAGGAGUCUAGAGCAGAACUGGAGAAAGUUAUACAGAUUGCCAAUUGUUGCUUAAAAGAAAAAGGAAAUCCUGAAGAACUUCUCAGGAAGCAUAGUGAAUUCUUUAACCAGUUGGAUCAGAGAGUCCUAAAUGCCUUCCUGAAAGCUUGCGAUGAACUUACUGACAUCCUUCCUGAACAAGAGCAACACAGCCUGCAGGAAGCUGUGAGGAAACUCCAUAGGCAGUGGAAGGAUCUUCAAACAGAAGCUCCAUAUCAUUUGAUUCAUUUGAAGAUUGAAGUGCAGAAAAACAAGCUUCUGGUCACGGUGGAGGAGUGCAAAGCUGAACUAGCUCGUCAGAACAAGGUGCUAACCAGAGAAGGCAAAGAAAGGAUGAUCGAGGAGCACAUGCUGUUCUUCGGUGACAAGGGAUCUUACCAUCUGUGUGAGAAGAGACUACAACGAAUUGAGGAACUCUGCCAAAAACUUCCAGUUUCUGAUCCAGUGAGAGCUACACUGGAAAGUAGCCAACGAAUCCUGAAGGAGCUGAAAUCCCAGAUAGACAGCACAUACACAAAACUAACAGAGCACUCGGACACCUGGAAGGGCUAUAAGAACAGAUUUUCCGAAUUGGCAAAUUGGAUUUCAUCAACAGAAAGAGAACUAAAGAAGAUAAAGGAAAGUGUCAAUGAUACUGCCAAAUAUGAGCAGUUUAAAUCAUCUGUGGGGGAAAUCAGGCAGCAUAUUAACAAGCAAGGAGAAAAUCACAGCUGGCUGAAAUCUAGACUUGCUGUUCUGGCUUCAGUAUGUACUGAUAUGGAGGCCAAAAAGACAGAGGAUGAGCUAUGUAAACUUUCCAGUGACUUCAAGGGACUCCUGGAUUUGCUGGCUGAGAUUGAAAAGGCAUUAGGCACUCUUGGAGACUGUGUUCAGUACAAAGAAGAAGUUAAAAGCACAAUUGAAGAGUUAAUCAACAACUCUAAAGAAGCCCAAGCAGAGGCUGAAAAGAUCCUGGAUACUGAAAGUUUAUUACAAGCUCAGCAACUCCUGUUUCAUCAUCAGCAAAGGACUAGGAGACUCCGUGCAAAGAGACAAGAUGUGCAACAGCAGAUUUUCCAAGCUAAACAGUUGCAGAUUGAAGGUGGACUGCCAAGCACAAUGCAGGAGGAUUUACUAAAGUUGGAAGGAACGCUGGAGAACAUGCAGCAGACUAUGGAGAAACGUGAAGAGCAAUUGCAGGUCACAAUAAAUAAAUGGGAGCAGUUUGAAAGGGACAAAGAAACAGUUGUAAAAUACCUUAAUCAAGCAAGCUCUGCACUUGAACGUAUCUUAAAUUUUAGCAGUUUAGAGAGCCUCUCUUCAGAACUGGAUCAGACAAAGGAACUUUCUAAACACGCUGAAGCCAUGACUGUACAAGCUGAGAAUUUGGUGAAGAAUUCUUCUGAGAUACAUCUUAGUUCAAAAAAUAAGCAGUCCCUUCAGCAGGAGGCAAAAUCUAUCCAAGAACAAGUGAAAAAUGUAGAAGUUACUCUUGAAGAAGAUAUUAAAAGCAUGGAAAUGGUGAAAAACAAGUGGGAUCAUUUUGGCAAUAAUUUUGAAGCUCUGUCCAUCUGGAUAGCUGAAAAAGAAAAAGAACUGGAAACUUUGGAAACAACAUCAUCUCCUUUGGACAAACAGAUCAGCCAAAUCAAGGUUAUUAAUAACGAAAUAGAUGGUAAAAUAACUGGAAUCUCAAAACUAGAAGAGGAAGCUGAGUCAUUUUCCCAGUUUGUUACCUCUGGAGAAUGUGCACAUAUUAAAGCCAAACUGACUCAUAUCAAAAGGUAUUGGGAAGAGCUAAGAAAUCAUGCACAGAGAUUGGAAGGAACCAUCACAGGGAAUGUAUCAGCACAGCAGAAAUAUGAAGAAAGUCUGAAACAGGUGCAGCAGUCAGUGUCUGAAUUUGAAACUAAGUUAGCUGAGCCUCUCACAUUAUGUACUUCAUCACUGGAAACAUAUGGAGCCCUGCAGGAUUGCAUGGACCUUUGUCAUACUGUGGAAAAACUGGGCAACACUCUGGCCUCUCUCUCAGCCUGUGCCCGAAAGGUGGCCAACAAAGAAAAAGCUGCUAAGGAAGUUACAGUGUUACAGCAGAACUAUGAAAAGGUGCUCGAAAAUGCUAAAGAGAAACAGCUCUUACUGGAGACUCUUCUGGCUCAGUGGAAGAAGCAGGAGAAAGAGUUCUCUUCUUUCCUGGCCUGGCUGGAGGGGUGUGAAGCUGCAGCCAGGCCUUCAGAGCAGUAUGUUUCUGCUGACAGAGUUAAGCUGGCAGGUGAACUGCAAUCUCUGCAGGAUUUGAGAGCAGAUUUUGAGUCUCAUGCUUCAGUCUAUGCGAGCCUGUUACAGUUAAAUGAGUCACUGUUCCCAACAGCUUCCAAAGAGUGUGUGAAAGCAAUAAAAGAUAAAUUUAAAGAGCUGGAUGAAAGGUGGAAAGCUUUACCACAAACGGUCAAUAAAAGGAUCAACCUCCUUCAAUCUCUUGUUGCUGAGCACGGACAGUUUGAUGAGCUCCUACUUAGUUUUUCAGAUUGGAUUAAGCAGUUUCUUGCUGAACUACAAGCCACUUCAGAGAUAAACACAGCUGAUCAAGUACUGGCUGCAUCUCAAAAUAAGAACCACUCAAUGGAAAUUGAAAGUAAGAAGCAGCAAUUCCGAAGUCUGAAGGAACAUGUAGAUAAAUUAUGUUCUUUCAGCUGUCCAGAGGACCAGCAGACAUUGCAAGGAAAGACUGAAGAUUGCUUUCAGAUCUUCCAGGAGGCAAGUCAAAUAACUAACCAAAGACAAGAGGCUCUGGAUCAGCUGCAGGUAUUCCUGGGGCUCCAUAGUGCUUCAUCAGGAGUGCUCCACCAGCUCAGGCAGACAGUGGAGAAAACCGGAAAUAUGGAUAAAGCUAAAUCAGAGUUGUUGGAGAAGGAACUCCGUGAUGUUAUUCAAUCUCUUAACAAAUUGGAAUCUGUUGCCGUCAGUUUGGACGGUUCACUUACCAAGGCCCAAUAUCAUCUGAAACAUGGGAAUUCUGAGCAGAGGACUUCAUGCAGGGCUGUGGUGGAUAAUCUGUGCUUAGAACUGGAGGCAGUUCAAAAUCUUCUGGGAACAAAACAGAGUGAGGCAGAAGCUCUUGCAACCUUGAGAAGAUCCUUCACGGAACGUAAAGAACAGCUGCUGAAGAGUAUUGAAGAUACUGAGGAAAAGGCUGACAAGGAGGGCCUACAAGAAGCAACACUGCAAGCCCUCCAGCAAAGAUUGAGAGUCUUUAACCAGUUGGAUGAAGAAUUGAGUUCUCACCAGCAUGAACUCCAAUGGCUCAUGGACAAAGCAAAGCAAAUAGCCCAAAAAGAUAUAACACUUGCUUCUGAAAUUGACAAAGAGAUUAACCACUUAGAAUCUCUGUGGGAGGAUACCAAGAAAGUUAUACAUGAAAAAAAGGAGCAGUCCUGUAUUCUUAUCGAUCUGAUGAAAGAAUAUCAGAGCUUGAGGUCAACAGUAAUGAAAGUCAUAGACAGUGCUGACAAUGCUUCUGUGAUCAAAUCUAUUUGGAAGGAUCAUGAAGAUGUCAAGAGAACUUUAUUGAAGCAUGAAGCUGCCAAGAAUGACCUGAGUGAUAAACAAAAAGACCUGGAUACUUUCACCAAUAAAGGAAAACAUUUGUUAGCAGAAUUGAAAAGAAUGCAUAACUGCGACUGUACUGUGGUGAAAACAGAUAUGAACUCUAUGGUGGACAAAUGGCUAGAUGUGUCAGAGAGGAUUGAAGACAACAUAGACCGGCUGAGUGUAAGUGUGUCUUUAUGGGAUGACAUCCUGAAAAUUGGAAAAGAAAUGGAUGGAUGGUGCAAUAAAUGUAUUUCUCAACUGAAUGAAGGCAUCAGCAACUUGAGUAACAGUCAGAGAAUGGAGGUCAUCCUGAAAGACUUUCAGUCUCAAGUCAAGGAUAAAGAACAGAAGCUGGAGCAGCUCAGCUCUAAAAUUUCAGAUCUCAAAGAACUGACUCAUAGUCAAGAGCCUCCUGCAGAUCUUCAGUUUAUAGAAUCAGAUUUAAGGCAAAAGCUGGAACAUGCCAAAGAAAUGUCUGAGACAGCAAAAGAGACACUAAAAGAUUUCAGUACUCAGAAGAUGCAGUUACAGAAUUUUAUUGAUCAGACAACAGACUGGUUAACAAAAGUGGAAGAUACACUUUUAAGCUGUGCACAUAACCUGGAUCCUGAAGCUCUAAAUAAAGUGAAGGAAACACAAAAAGACCUACAGCUUCAGCAGAGCAGCAUUGAUUCAGCCUGUGAGAACCUCAACGGACUGUGUCGCAAGUACCAUUCUGUAGAGCUGGAAACUCUUGGUGGCACUGUCACUUCAUUAAUAAAGAAAUAUGAGGCUGUGAAUCAGCUCUGUUCCAGAACGCAGGCCAGCUUGCAAGAGUCCUUGGAAAAACAUUUCCUCUAUUCUAUGCAAGAAUUCCAGGAAUGGUUUUCUGAUGUGAAGGCUGCAGUAAAAGCAUCAUCUGACAGGUCCGGAGACAGCAAAGCUAUAGAGGCAAAGCUACAUGAUUUGCAGAUUGUGCUGGAUUCUAUUAGUGAGGGACAAAACAAGUUAGAUGCUGCCUGCAAGGAAGGAGAAAGUUUGUAUGCUUGCUUACCCAAACCAGUUGUGAUCCAUAUUCAGGAGCAAAUAGCAAAGUCUAAUCAGAACUUCAAUGAAUUCUUCAAACAGUGUCUAAAUGAUAAGCAGGCCCUGGAAGCUUGUGCCUCACACCUUGGAAGUUUUGAAGAUCACUACAAGAAACUCGGCCUGUGGAUACAUGACAUGGAAGAAAGAAUAAGCACAGAAGCAUUAGGAGAGAGCAAACAGCUUAUUCCCGAGAAGAAAAAGGAGGUGCAGAAAGUGGAAAACUUCUUGGAAGAGUUACUGACUUCAAGGGAAUCUUUUGAUAAGCUGUCCCAAAUGGCACAGGCUUUAAAUGAGGAAGGACAUGGUGCAGGAAAGGAAGUGCGCCUGGCCUCUCAGCAUCUCACCAAUUAUCAAAACAUGGUCAAAACAGUCAAGGAUAAGCUGAGAACAUGUCAGCUUGCACUCCAGGAGCAUCUCACUUUGGAGGAGGCAUUGCAGAGCAUGUGGUCAUGGGUGAAAGAGGUUCAGGAUAAACUGGCAUCAUCAGAGAGCACAGUCGGUAGCAAAGCCACACUAGAGAAACGACUGACACAAAUUCAGGAAAUCCUCUUACUCAAAGGUGAUGGUGAAGUUAAGUUGAACAUGGCCAUUGGCAAAGGAGAACAAGCACUUAGAAGCAGCAAUGAGGAAGGACAAAAGGUGAUACAUACAGAGCUACAAACGCUGAAGGAUGUAUGGAAUGACAUCAUCAGCACAUCAGUGAAUUGGCAGAGCUGCCUAGAGUCUAUCAUUAGCCAGUGGAAUGAGUACCUGGAAAGGAAAAACCAACUGGAGCAGUGGUUAGAGAAAUUGAAUCACAAAGUGGAACAGCCUUUAGAACCACAGAUUGGUCUGAAGGAGAAGUUUGCUCAGCUGGACCAUUUCCAAGCUAUUGUUUCUGAAAUAGAGGAUCACUCUGGUGAUUUACAGCAACUCAUUGAAAAGGCUGCAGAACUUCAUGAAAAAACUGAGGAUGUUUUUUUUGGAGCAGCAGCUCGAGAAGAACUAAAAACACGGUUUAAUGAUAUCGCAACAGUAGCCAAGGACAAAAUGAAGAAAGUAGAAGAUAUUGUGAAGGAUCAUUUGUUAUACCUUGACGCUGUGCAUGAAUUCACAGACUGGCUCCAUUCUGCAAAGGAAGAGCUGCACCGCUGGUCAGAUGCAACUGGAGAUACAUCAACGAUACAGAAAAAACUGGCCAAAAUCAAAGAGCUGGUAGACUCCCGCCAGAUUGGUGCAGGCCGCCUCGUCCGAGUGGAGACACUGGCUCCCGCAGCCAAGCGCAGCACGACCGCCGGUGGGUGCCAUGUCCUCGCUGCCGAGAUGCAGGCCCUGCAGUCAGACUGGAAGCAGUGGGAAGAGAGCGCUUUCCAGAGCCAGCAAAGCCUGCAGGAUGUGCUGAGCCAGAUGGCCCUGUCGGAGCAGGAGUUCGCCGCACAGGUCACACAGCUGGAGGAGGCCGUGCAGCGGUUCAGCGGACUGCUGGCCACCUGGUCGCAGAGCCUGACCCCCCUCGAUGGCCAGCACACUGACACCGAGAUCGUGGAAAGCUGGCGCAAGGAGAAAGAAACGUUGGAUGCCCUGGUGAAGUCUGAACAUAUGAUAGAUGAGAUCAAGACUCAGUUAAAUGAUCUCUGUAGAUUUUCCAGAGAUUUGAGUACUUAUUCUUCAAAAGUUUCAGGGUUGAUUAAGGAGUAUAACAGCCUUUGCCUGCAAGCUUCAAAAGGAUGCCAGAGUAAAGAGCAGAUCUUGCAGCAAAGAUUUCGGACAACUUUCAGGGACUUCCAGCAAUGGCUGGUCAACGCAAAAGUCACCACAGCCAAAUGCUUUGAUGUACCUCAGAAUAUCAGUGAAGCUUCAGCAAGUCUACAGAAAAUACAGGAAUUCUUAUCGGAAAGUGAGAAUGGACAACAUAAACUAAACCAGGUAGCAUCCAAAGGAGAACUGCUGUGCUCCAUUUUACCAAAGGAGAAGGGUAAAGUUAUCCAGGACAAAUCUGCUACUGCUAAAGAAGAUUGGAAAAAAUUAAUCAGCACCCUCCACCAGAAGGAAUCUGCAUUGGAGAACUUAAAGAUCCAGAUGAAGGACUUUGAAGCAACUGCUGAGCCUCUAGCAGAGUGGCUAAGCACAACUGAGAAGAUGGUACAGGGAAGUAGCAGUAGGCUCCAUGAUCUUCCUUCCAAGAGGAGAGAGCACCAAAAGUUGCAGUCUGUCCUUGAGGAAAUAAGCUGCCACGAGCAUCAGCUCAACAGGCUUAAAGAGAAAGCUCAGCAGCUGUGGGAAGAGCAAGCUGUCAGCAAAAGCUUUAUGCGCAGAGUGUCUCAGUUGUCUUCUCAAUACCUUACUCUAAGCAAUCUGACAAAGGAGAAGGUUUCCAGAAUGGAUAGGGUCGUAGCAGAGCACCAGCAGUUCUCUCACAGUAUCAAAGACCUCCAAGACUGGGUGGCUGAUGCAGUUCACAUGCUGGAGUCCUACUGUCAUCCCACCGCUGACAAGAAUGUUCUGGACAGCCGGAUGUUAAAGCUAGAGGGACUGCUAACAGUGAAACAAGAAAAAGAAAUCCAAAUGAAAAUGGUUCUGACAAGAGGAGAAUCUGUUCUGCAGAAUACUUCCUUGGAGGGAGUACAAGUGAUUGAACGGCAGUUGCAUACCCUGAAGGACAACUGGGCUUCUCUUCUGUCUGCUUGCAUCCAGUGCAAGAGUCAACUGGAAGGAGCUCUCUCCAAAUGGACAAGUUACCAGGAUGAUGUUUGCCAGUUUACCAGCUGGAUGGAUAAAGUAGAAGCAAGCAUGAAUGCUUCUGAAAGACAAUAUGCUGAAUUGAGGGAAAAAAACACUGCCCUCAACAAAGCAAAGCUACUCAAUGAAGAGGUGUUGAGUCACAGCAGCCUAUUGGAGACAAUUGAAUUAAAAGGCAGUGGAAUGGCUGAGCACUAUGUCACUCAGCUUGAACUCCAGGACCUUCAGGAGCGGUACAAGUUGCUCAAAGAUAGAACGAGGGAAGCAGUAACAAAAGCCGAAGGAUUGCUUAACUUACAUCAGGAGUACCAAAGACACCUGAAGACAUUUGAAAUAUGGCUGGAGAAGGAACAGGAAAAACUUGACUGCUUAUCACAUCUCGAAGGUGAUGCCCAGAAACAGGAGGCAACACUCCGAGACUUACAGGAGCUGCAGAUCCACUGUGCAGAAGGACAAGCCUUACUGAAUGCUGCUGUUCAUGCCAGAGAGGAGGUGAUUCCCUGGGGUAUGCCCCAGAUAGAAGACAGAGCCCUGGAAUCUGUACGGCAAGAUUGGCAAGUUUAUCAGCACAGGCUUUCUGAAGCAAGAAGCCAAUUAAAUGCCACUGUGAGCAGGCUGAGGUUAAUGGAGAAAAAAUUUCAGAAGGUUAAUGACUGGCUAACAGAUCUGGAGGAGAAAGUUGCUGUCAGGACUGGGAGGCAGUCUGGUAGAGCAACAAAGGAGAUGCAGCUUCAACAAAUGAAGAAGUGGCAUGAAGAAGUUACAAUCUACAAAGAUGAUGUGGAGGAAGUUGGGAUAUUAGCUCAGCAAAUACUAGAGGAAUGUCUCACUACAAGCAGAAUGGGAAGCCAGGCUACACAGCUUACAUCUCGAUAUCAAACUCUUCUUCUUCAUGUCUUGGAACAAAUAAAGUUUCUGGAAGAAGAGAUACGUAGUAUGGAGGAAUCAGAACUGGCUUUUAGUGCUUACACAAAUUGGUACGGAGCUACUAACAAGAACUUCAGAAAUGUGAUCACCAAGUUUGACGUGUUGGAUAAAACAGCAAUGGAGAAAAAAGUGCAGGAACUAGAGCUGCUGUUGAGUGAUAUGGACAUAGGCCACAGUUUACUAAAAUCUGCCCGUGAGAAGGGGGAGCGAGCUAUAAGGUACAUGGAAGAAAAUGAAGUUGACCAGUUAAGAAAAGAAAUUGGUGAUCAUGUGGAACAGCUUGAAGAGUUGGCUGGCUCCAUCAGGAAAGAACACAUGACUUCAGAAAAAUGCCUUCAGUUGGCAAAGGAGUUCUCAGACAAGUACAAGGCACAGACUCAGUGGCUCACAGAGUACCAAACUAUGUUACAUGCUCCAGUGGAGCCAAAGAGUGAACUCUAUGAGAAGAAGGCCCAGUUGUCCAAAUAUAAGUCCAUACAGCAGACCGUUCUGUCCCAUGAGCCUUCAAUAAAAUCAGUGAUUGAAAAGGGAGAAGCACUUUUUGAUCUGGUGAAUGAUGUGACUCUAAAGAGCAACAUUCAAGACCUUCAGAGCAGUUACCAGGAACUCUGCAGUGCAACAAAGGCAUAUGUUGAAACUUUAGAGGUGAGAGUAAAAGAACAUGAGGAUUACAAUAGUGAUUUGCAAGAAGGAGAGAAAUGGUUACUACAUAUGUCCAGCAGGCUGGUUAGCCCUGACCUCGUGGAGAGUAACAAUCUUGAAAUAAUCACUCAGCAACUAGCCAACCAUAAGGCUAUCAUGGAAGAAAUUGCAGGAUUUGAAGAUCGUUUGAAUAACCUGAAGAAUAAAGGUGAUUAUUUGAUCAAUCAAUGCACAGAACAUCUUCAAGCAAAAUUUAAGCAAAAUAUACAAAGCCAUCUUCAGGGGACAAGGGACAGCUAUUCUGCCAUAUGUAGUACAGCUCAAAGGGUGUACCAGAGUUUGGAACAUGAACUCCAAAAGCAUGUUAAUCAUCAGGAUACCCUACAACAGUGUCAGACUUGGCUGUCUACAAUACAGUCAGAAUUAAAGCCAAGUACCUGGCCACCCUUCAGCCUGGCAGAUGCAGUUAAACAGGUGAAACAUUUCCGGGCUCUGCAGGAACAAGCCAAUACAUAUUUGGAUCUUUUGUGCUCCAUGUGUGAUCUGUCAGAUGCCACAGUGAAGAGUACAGCAACAGAUAUUCAACAAACAAAACACAUGGUACAAGAUAACCAGCUUUUAAUCCUAUUUAGAGCUUUAACUGCUUUCAUCUGUCCUCUUUUAAGAUGGUCAUCUUGGAUUGAGCAACAGAUAACGCACUCACAGUAUUUGGCUCAAGGUUGGGAAGAGAUAAAACAAAUGAAGGCUGAGCUCUGGAUAUAUUUCCAGGAUGCAGAUCAACAACUACAGAAUUUGAAAAGGAGACGUGCAGAGUUGGAGCUAAACAUUGCCCAGAAUAUGGUACUCCAGGUUAAGGAAUUCAAUCAGAAGUUAAAGUCUAAGCAGUCAGCUCUUACCUCUGUGACUGAGAAGAUAAACAAACUAACCCAAGGACAGGAAUCACCUGAACACAAGGAAAUUGGACAGUUGAGCAACCAGUGGCUGGACCUCUGCCUUCAGGCACACAGUUUGCUCAUACAGAGAGAGGAGGAUCUGCAGAGGACAGGGAAUUACCAUGAUCGCAUGAAUGUAGUUGAAGUUUUCUUGGAAAAACUCACAAAAGAGUGGGACAACCUGGCUAGAUCUGAUGCUGAAAGUACAAAUGUGCACCUUGAAGCUUUGCAAAAAUUGGCACUGGCACUACAGGAGAGGAGAUUUGCUCUGGAAGAUUUGAAAGAUCAGAAACAAAAGAUGGUGGAACAUCUAAAUCUUGAUGACAAAGAAUUAGUAAAGGAGCAAUUUGGUCAUUUUGAGCAUCGCUGGACUCAGCUGGAGGACCUUGUCAAAAGAAAAAUUCAAGUUUCUGUUUCAACCUUAGAAGAGUUCAGUUUGGUGCAUUCGAGAUUUCAAGAACUAAUGGAAUGGGCGGAGGAGCAGCAACCUAGUAUCUCAGAGGCUCUUAAACAGAGCCCUCCUCCAGAUUUGGCUCAGAGUCUUCUCAUGGAUCAUCUUACCAUUUGUAGUGAGCUUGAAGCCAAACAGCUUGUUCUGAAGAUGCUGGUGAAAGAUGCUGACAGGGUGAUGACCAACCUAGGACUCAAUGAAAGGCAGGAGCUGCAGAAAGCACUUUCUGAUGCACAGCAUCAUGUAGAUUGUCUCAGCGAUCUGGUUGGCCAGAGGAGAAAGCACCUGAAUAAAGCACUAUCUGAAAAGACACAGUUUCUCAUGGCAGUCUUUCAGGCUACCAACCAAAUUCACCAACAUGAGAAGAAGGUAACGUUUCCAGAACAUAUCUGUCUGUUUCCAGAAGAUGUGAACAAACAGAUUAGGGCUUGUAAGAAUGCCCAGGCUAACCUGAAGACCUAUCAAAAUGAAGUCACUGGGCUAUGGGCUCAAGGAAGGGAUUUAAUGAAAGAAGCAACAGAACAAGAAAAGAGUGAGGUGUUAGGUAAACUGCAAGAACUACAGAAUGUAUAUGACACUGUUUUACAAAAGUGUAAUCAGAGAUUGUUAGAACUGCAGAAAAAUAUAGUUUCCAGGAAAUAUUUCAAAGAAGAUUUGGAUAAAGUUUGCCAUUGGCUAAAACAAGCUGAUAUUGUCACAUUCCCAGAAGUUAAUGUAAUGAAUAGUAACUCUGAACUGUACACCCAGUUGUCCAAAUAUCAACAGAUUCUUGAGCAAUCUCCAGAAUACGAAAAUCUAUUACUUGCUCUGCAAAGAGAUGGCCAAGAAAUCCUACCAUCACUUAAUGAAGUGGAUCAUUCUUAUCUGGAUGAAAAGCUUAACAUUCUCCCUCAGCAAUUCAAUACUGUCACUGCUCUGGCAAAAGAUAAAUUCCAUAAGGUUCGGGAAACAAUUUAUGCUCGAAAAGAAUAUGCCUCUUUGAUUGAGUUGACAACUAAAGCCUUGACUGAGCUGGAAGAUCAAUUUAUUAAUAUGGACAAAGCUCCAGCUGCUGUUUUAGCCAAAGAAGCUGUGUCACUUCAGCAGGCCUACAGAGAUCUCUUAGGUGAAGUGGUGAGCCUUGGUGCAGCAGUGGAUGAACUAAACCAGAAGAAGGAGGCCUUUAGAAGCACUGGCCAGCCAUGGCAACCAGAUGAAAUGUUAAAACUUGUCACAUUAUAUCACAAGCUGAAGAGGCAAAUAGAACAGAAAAUCAACCUGUUGGAAGACACAAUAGAAGCAUGUCAAGAACAUGAGAAAAUGUGUACACAACUCGAAGCACAGCUAGAAGCAGUGAAGAAGGAACAGAUUAAGGUAAAUGAAGAAAUGCUCCCAAUAGAGGAAAAGUUGAAAAUAUACCAUUCUCUAGUGGGCAGCUUGCAAGACUCAGGGAGUCUUCUGAAGCGAAUAACUGAGCAUAUAGAAGCCCUUUCUCCUCAGCUUGACCCAUCUGCAUGUGAGACAACAAAUCACCAACUGCAGUCUUGGCAAGACAAACUAAAGUCUUUGCAUGCUGCCAUUGGAGACACAGUGAUGGACUGCGAGAACAGACUUGUGCAAAGCAUAGACUUCCAAACAGAAAUCUGCCGCUCACUUGACUGGCUGAGAUGGAUCAAAACAGAGCUCAAUGAAACGCUGAUUUUGGACCUCAAACUGCAAAGCAUCCAAGAAGAAAUCCGAAAAGUUCAGAUACAUCAGGAAGAAGUGCAGUCAAGCCUGAGAGUGAUGAAUGCACUGAGCAAUAAAGAGAAAGAGAAAUAUAUGAAAGCAAAGGAGCUGAUACCUGCUGACCUGGAAAACACUCUUGCUGAGCUAACAGAACUAGAUGGUGAAGUUCAAGAAGCUAUACACAUGAGACAGGCUACCUUGGAUAAACUAUAUAGCCGUUGCCAAAGAUGCUACCAAGUGAUGCAGAUAGUGAGUGACUGGCUUGAGGAUGCUCAGGAAUUUCUACAUUUAGCAGGAAAUGGUCUUGAUGUUGAGAACUCGGAGGGGAACCUAAGGAACCACGUUGAAUUUUUCAGCACAGAAAGUCAGUUCAGUAAUCAUUUGAAGGAGUUACAGGGUCUGGUGUCUGAGAUGGAGCCCUUUAUCCAAGCCACUGUAAGAGAGCAGCUUGUGCAGAAUCUAGGUGCAUUGGAAGAAAAGGGCAAAAGGACGAAGCAAGACUCUAAAACCCAGCAAGAACUGUUGCAAAGGUGUGCUUCUGAGUGGCAGGAGUAUCAGACAGCAAGGCAGAAGGUUAUUGAAGUGAUGAAUGAGGCUGAGAAAAAAUUAUCUGAAUUUUCUCUAGCUAAAGCUGCUUCUUCUCAUGAAGCAGAAGAGAAAUUGCUAACACAUAAGACGCUCGUGUCCAUAGUGAAUUGUUUCCAUGAGAAGAUCACAGCUCUAGAAGAAAAGGCUUCACAGCUGGAAAAAGUUAGCAAUGAUGCCAGCAAGGCAACUAUAAGUAGAUCAAUGACAACAGUCUGGCAGCGCUGGACACGGCUCAAGAAUGUAGCCCAAGAACAAGAGAAAAUUUUGGAAGGUGCAGUACAGGAAUGGAAGGGGUUUAAUGAUAAGAUUGAGAAAGCCACUGCAGCAAUAGAUCAACUACAAGAUCGUUUACCAGAAAGCUCAAUAGAAAAGACUUCUAAAACAGAGCUCCUGGAACUCCUGGAUUACCACGGCAGCUUCCUUCUGGAAGUGGAUCACCAGCUAUCAUCUUUGGGUCUGCUCAAACAGCUUGCUCUUAGUAUGCUUCAGGAUGUGGAAAUAAAGCCUCCUUCUCAGGAAGAACUACCAGUCAUGCAAGAAAUCAAAGCAAUGCAAGAUCGAUGCCACAAUAUGCAACAGAAAGUGAAAAAAGGUGUGAAGCUGGUGAAACAAGAGCUGAAAGAGCGUGAGGAAGUCGAAGCACAGAUUAAUAUUGUGAAGACUUGGAUCCAGGAAACAAAGGAAUAUUUAUUAAACCCUGAUGUGGAAGUGGAUACUCAACUUCAGGAGUUGCAAUCUCUCCUUGGUGAAGUAACUACUCAUCGCCAGGCUGUUGAAAAAAUGGCUGAACAACAACAGAAUAAGUACUUGGGGCUUUAUACCAUUUUGCCUUCUGAACUCUCUCUUCAUUUAGCAGAAGUUGGACUGGAUCUUGUAACCGUACAAGAUCAGAUUCAAACCAAAGAAAAAGAAACUCAGCAUAUCAAAACAUUGAAUCAAGAGUUUGGACAGAAAAUCCAGGGGAUAGCAAAUGAACUAAAUGUAAUUCUUUCCAAACUGAAAAAGAAAACAAAUGAUAUAGCACAAGCUAAACUUGAACAGAAGAUCCUUGGUGAGGAGUUGGACAGCUGCAAUAUAAAAUUAGUGGAAUUAGAUGCAUCAGUCCAAGACGUUGCAGAACAGAACAUACCCCUGGCUAAGCAGCUGGCUAACAGGAUAGGGAAACUCACAGCACUGCACCAACAGACCAUACGACAGGCUGAGUACAGAGCAGCCAAGCUCAGUCAGGCUGCUUCACAUUUGGAAGAAUACAAUGAGAUGCUGGAGUUCAUACUGAAAUGGUGUGAGAAAGCAAAUAUCCUAGUGCAUGGUAGUAUAACAUGGAAUUCUUCCUCUCAGCUUCGUGACCAAUUUAAAGCCUACCAGACUAUGCUUGAAGAGUCUGUGGAGAUUCAUGGUGAUCUUGAGGCCAUGAGUGAGAGGAUUGAGUAUCUGUCCAGUGUAUACUCUACUGAAGCAAUGUCUCAGCAAGUGCUGGAACUGGGACGUCGUACAGAAGAGUUACAGCAAGUUAUCAAAGUACAGUUACCAAAUCUCCAAGAUGCUGCCAAGGACAUGAAGAAAUUUGAAGUUGAGCUGAGAGCCCUGCAGGCUGCUAUGGAGCAAGCCCAAGCCACACUGACCUCUCCAGAGCUCGGACGUUUGAGCUUGAAAGAUCAACUGUCUCACAGACAGCAUCUGUUGUCUGAAAUGGAAUCACUGAAGCCAAAAGUUCAUGCAGUACAAGUUUGUCAAAGUGCCUUGAGAAUUCCUGAAGAGGUGGUCGCCAGCCUGCCAAUAUGUCACAGUGCCCUUCGGCUCCAGGAGGAGGCUAGCCGCCUGCAGCACACUGCCAUUCAGCAGUGCAACAUCAUGCAGGAAGCUGUGGUUCAGUAUGAGCAAUAUGAGCAAGAGAUGAAACAUUUACAGCAAAUGAUAGAGAGUGCCCAUCGUGAAAUUCAAGACAAGCCAGUAGCAACCAGCAACAUCCAUGAACUCCAGGUCCAGAUUUCUCGUCAUGAGGAGCUGGCGCAGAAGAUCAAAGGAUACCAGGAGCAAAUUGCUUCUUUGAAUUCGAAGUGCAAGAUGUUAACAAUGAAAGCAAAACAUGCCACUAUGCUGCUGACAGUGACAGAGGUGGAGGGGCUUUCAGAAGGAAUGGAGGAGCUGGAUUCAGACCUGCUCCCGGCACACCCUUCUCAUCCUUCAGUGGUUAUGAUGACUGCUGGUCGCUGUCACACGCUGCUCUCCCCUGUCACUGAGGAGUCUGGGGAGGAGGGAACCAACAGUGAGAUCUCUUCUCCACCUGCCUGUCGCUCUCCCUCACCUGUGGCUAAUACAGAUGCUUCUGUUAACCAGGACAUUGCUUAUUACCAAGCCUUAUCUGCUGAACAGUUGCAAACAGAAGCUGCUAAAAUUCAACCCAGUACUUCAGCCACCCAGGAGUUUUAUGAACCAGGCUUAGAAUCAGCUGCUAGUGCCAAAUUGGAUGAUUUGCAGCGUUCCUGGGAAACACUGAAGAAUGUGAUAAGUGAAAAACAGCGCACCCUUUAUGAAGCUCUUGAACGUCAACAGAAGUAUCAGGACACACUCCAGUCUAUAUCCAGUAAAAUGGAGACCACUGAGUUCAAACUGAAUGAGAGUCUGGAACCAGCCAAGAGUCCAGAGAGCCAGAUGGCUGAACAUCAGGCUUUGAUGGAUGAGAUUCUAAUGUUACAAGAAGAAAUCACUGAGCUUCAGACAUCAUUAGCACAGGAGCUGGUUUCAGAAUCACGGGAUGCAGAAGCUGCUGAUCAGCUGGCGUUGCAGUCCACUCUCACAGUCUUGGCAGAGCGAAUGGCCACAAUUCGAAUGAAGGCAUCAGGAAAACGACAGCUAUUAGAGGAAAAACUGAGUGAGCAGCUGGAAGAACAGCGGCAAGAGCAGGCUCUUCAAAGGUACCGCUGUGAAGCUGAUGAGCUUGACCACUGGCUGCUCAAUACCCGUGCUACACUGGACACUGCUCUGGUUACUGUUGAGGAACCUAUGGAUAUGGAAGCUCAGCUGGUGGACUGCCAGAACAUGCUGGUUGAAAUAGAGCAAAAGGUGGUGGCCUUAUCAGAGCUGUCUGUGCACAACGAGAACUUGCUUAUGGAAGGGAAGGCUCACACCAAGGACGAGGCAGAGCAGCUGGCUGUGAAGCUCAGGACACUGAAGGGCAGUCUUCUGGAGCUGCAGAAAGUGCUACAUGACAAACAGAUCAACAUUCAGCAGGGAUCACUACAAGAAAAGGAGGAGAACAAUCUGGACUUGGUUUCUUCACAAAGUCCCAGCGUCCAAGAAUGGCUGGCACAAGCAAGAACUACUCGCUCACAGCAGCAACAGAGCACUCUACAGCAACAGAAAGAGCUGGAACAAGAGCUAGAAGAGCAGAAGAAUCUGCUGCGGUCAGUAGCAUGCCGUGGAGAAGAAAUCCUAACACAGCAAGGUGCUCCAGAAAGCCUAAGUAUAAGCAAGAAGCCUGAUACACUCUCUGAAGAAUUGGGCUUGGAAGGCGAGAAACCAUCAUCUGAAGAGCAGCUGAAGCUGAAAUGGGAAAGCCUGAACCAUGAGUUCAACAACAAGCAGAGGCUUCUCCAGAAAGCUUUAGAACAAGAACAGCUGCAGCUUUAUCACAGACCAAACAGACUGAUUUCUGGACUACCUUUGUAUAAAGCAGAAGGACAGGAUGAGGAUAAAUCAUCAUCAGUGUCACCAGUACUGGUUGAAUUGAAUCAGGCCUUUGAAGAUGUGUCAUCUGAGGCUGGACAGGCAGAGAAGGAGAGACUACAUCUAGAACAGAAGCUAUAUGAUGGAGUCGCAGCUACCUCCUUAUGGCUAGAUGGUGUGGAAGAACGGGUAUUUGUUACUACAUCUCUGCUACCAGAGGAGGAAACAGAAAUAUACCUCUCCAAACAAGAGUCUCUUGCAAAAGAAAUCAAAGAGAUAACAGAAGAAAUGGAUAAGAACAAGAAUUUAUUUACUCAGACAUUUCCAGAGAAUCGUGAUAACAAGGAUGUUAUAGAAGACACUUUGGAUUGUCUCCUGGGAAGACUGACUUUACUGGAGUCAGUAGUAAACCAGAGAUGUCACCAGAUGAAAGACAGGCUCCAGCAAAUAGUGACUUUCAAGAAUGAUCUGAAGCUCCUGUUUACAUCACUGGCUGAUAACAAAUAUUUGGUUCUACAGAAACUAGCAGAGGCAGCUGAGAAACCAGAAACAGAACAAAUGCAGGUCAUACUGCAGGCAGAAGAAGGUUUGAAAGAACUAGAUGCUGGAAUCAAUGAAUUAAAAAAGCGCGUAGAGAAGCUGCAAAUUGACCAGCCUGCUGUGCAAGAGCUAUCUAAGCUCCAGGAUAUGUAUGAUGAAAUGAUGAAGAUCAUUGGAUCCAGACGGAGUGACCUGAACCAGAACCUGGCUCUUAAGAGACAGUAUGAACGGGCUUUGCAGGACCUGGCUGACCUGGUAGAAACAGGCCAAGAAAAGAUGGUUGGUGACCAGAAAAUGAUUGUUGCUUCUAAGGAAGAGGUUCAGUUGCUACUUGACAAACAUAAGGAAUAUUUUCAGGGGCUGGAGUCUCACAUGAUCCUUACGGAAACACUCUUUAGAAAGAUGAGUAGCUUUACCCUCUUGAAGGAAACUCAGUCUCAUUCAGAGCUAAUGACACAAGCUUCAGCUGUAUUAAAGCUGGCCCAUAAACGAGGUGUGAAGCUGGAAUACAUUCUAGAGACCUGGAUGCAUCUGGAUGAAGAUUACCAGGAACUUACCAGACAGCUGGAGUCUGUUGAAGGUAACAUCCCUACUGUUGGUUUGGUGGAAGAGACGGAGGACAAGCUCAGAGAUCGGAUUGCACUUUUUCAGCAUCUGAGAUCUAAUCUGACUGAAUACCAACCUAAAUUAGACCAGGUGCUAGAUGAUGGGAAAAGGCUCCUUUUUUCUGUUAGCUGCUCAGAUCUCGAAAGUCAGCUGAACCAACUAGGAGACCACUGGCUAAGUAACACCAGCAAGGUUAACAAGGAGCUUCACAGGCUGGAGACAAUACUGAAGCACUGGACAAGGUAUCAGAGUGAAUCUAUUGAACUGACACAUUGGUUACAAUCCGCAAAGGAGCGACUUGAGUUCUGGAGCCAACAGUCUCUGACAGUUCCUCAGGAACUUGAAACUGUCCGAGACCACCUGAAUUCCUUUCUAGAGUUUUCAAAAGAAGUGGAUGCUAAAUCAUCACAGAAAUCUUCUGUCCUCAGUACUGGGAACCAGCUCCUCAGACUGAAGAAGGUGGAUACGGCAGCAUUGCGUGCAGGAUUGUCCCAGAUUGACAGUCAGUGGACAGAGCUGCUCACACAAAUCCCAGCAGUACAAGAGAAAUUGCACCAGCUACAGAUGGACAGAAUUCCUUCUCGCCAUGCUAUCACUGAAGUUAUGAGCUGGAUUUCCCUGAUGGAAAAUGUUAUUCAGCAAGAUGAAGAGAAUAUAAAAAAUGUAGUAGGACAGAAGGCCAUUCAGGAUUAUGUCCAAAAGUACAAGGGUUUCAAGAUAGAUUUAAAUUGCAAGCAGUUGACGGUAGAUUUUGUGAACCAAUCUGUGCUACAGAUUAGCAGCCAGGAUGUUGAAAGUAAACGUAGUGACAAAACUGAUUUUGCAGAACAACUCGGAGGAAUGAAUAGACGUUGGCAGAUCCUGCAAGGCCUGGUAACGGAAAAGAUCCAGCUGUUGGAAAGUCUGCAGGAAUCUUGGACAGAAUAUGAAAAUAAUGUGCAGUGUCUAAAAUCUUGGUUUGAAACCCAAGAGAAGAAGCUGAAAAAGCAACAGAGAAUUGGAGACCAGGCUUCAGUACAGAACGCUUUGAAAGAUUGUCAGGAAUUAGAAGAAUCAAUAAGAACAAAAGAAAAAGAAGUAGAAAACAUAGAACAAAGUGGCCUGUCUUUGAUACAGAACAAGAAGGAAGAAGUCUCUUCUACUGUUAUGAAUACACUGAAAGAAAUCAACCAUGCCUGGGCCAAUUUGGAUCACAUGGUUAGCCAACUAAAGAUAUUGUUGCAGUCUGUUCUUGAUCAGUGGAGCAUUUACAAAGUGGCUUAUGAAGAACUGAAUAGUUACCUGAUGGAAGCCAGAUAUUCUUUGUCCCGUUUUUAUCUCCUUACUGGUUCUUUGGAAGCUGUGAAGGUCCAAGUUCAUAACCUUCAGAGCCUACAGGAUGAACUAGAAAAGCAAGAAAAUAGUUUACAGAAAUUUGGCACCGUGACCAAUCAAUUGUUAAAACAAUGUCACCCACCAGUGACUGAAACACUCACCACCACUUUAAAGGAAGUGAAUAUGAGGUGGAACAAUCUUCUGCAGGAGAUUGCAGAGCGGCUGCGUUCCAGUAAGGGUCUCCUUCAGCUGUGGCAGAGGUACAAGGACUGUUAUCAACAGUGCUCUUCCACGGUCCGUCAACGGGAAGAUCAAAUUAAUGAACUGUUGAAGACUGCAACCAGUAAAGAUAUUGCUGAUGAUGAAGUAACCACUUGGAUUCAGGACUGCAAUGAUCUACUCGUUGAUUUAAAGACAGUACAGGAUUCACUGAUUGUUCUUCAAGAACUGGGAGAGGAGCUAAAAAGCCAGGUGGAGGCUUCAGCAGCAGCAGCUAUACAGUCUGAUCAACUGUCUCUGAACCAGAAUCUGUCAACCCUAGAACAAAUUCUCCGCAAGCAGCAAACAGUACUUCAGGCUGGAGUCCUGGACUAUCAAACCUUUGCCAAGAACCUGCAAGUCCUUGAGGUCUGGGUAACAGAAGCAGAAGAAAUACUGAAAGGACAGGAUCCUAGUCACUCAUCUGAUUUCUCAGCAAUACAGAGUAGGAUGGAGGAACUCAAAAGUCAGAUGUUGAAGUUCAGUAGCAUGGCCCCAGAUUUGGACCGUCUUAAUGAGCUGGGUUACAGACUUCCUCUGAAUGAUAAAGAAAUCAAAAGGAUGCAGAACCUGAACAGACACUGGUCUCUCAUCUCAUCUCAGACUACAGAAAGAUUCAGUAAGCUGCAGUCUUUCCUGCUGCAGAAGCAGACCUUUUUGGAGAAGUGUGAAACCUGGAUGGAUUUAUUAGUUCAGACUGAGCAGAAGCUGGCAGCAGAGAUUUCAGGAAACUACCAGAGCCUUUUAGAGCAACAGAGGGCACAUGAGCUAUUCCAGGCAGAGAUGUUCAGUCGCCAGCAGAUUUUGCAUUCAAUUAUCUCUGAUGGGCAGCACCUCAUAGAACAAGGACAAGUGGAUGACAGGGAUGAGUUUAAUCUGAAGCUGACACUUCUAAGUAAUCAAUGGCAAGGAGUAAUUCGUCGGGCACAGCAGAGGAGGGGGAUCAUUGACAGUCAGAUCCACCAGUGGCAGCGCUACAGGGAGAUGGCAGAGAAACUGCGCAAGUGGCUGGUGGAAAUGUCCUGUCAGCCAGUGAGUGAGCUGGAAAAUGCUCCUAUCCCAUUGCAGCAAGUCAGAGCAUUACUGGAUGAAGUGCAGCUUAAAGAGAAAGUUGUUCUAAGGCAGCAAGGGAGUUACAUCCUUGCUGUGGAAGCUGGCAAGCAAUUGCUGCUCUCUGCUGACAGUGGAGCUGAGGCAGCCCUGCAGACAGAGCUUACAGAAAUUCAGGAGGGCUGGAAGAUAGCUAGCACCCAGCUGGAAGAACAGAAGAAACAGCUUGCUUUAAUACUGAAAGACUGGGAAAAAUCUGAAAAGGGCAUAGGAGACUCCCUGGAGAAGCUAAGAUCAUUCAAAAAAAAGCUUUCUCAGCCUUUGCCAGAACACCAUGAUGAGUUGCACACAGAGCAGAUUCGUUGCAAGGAGUUAGAGAAUGCUGUUGAAGGAUGGACAGAUGACCUUGCACACCUCUCUCUGCUGAAGGAGUCCCUGUCUACAUAUAUCAGUGCAGAUGAUAUUUCAGUCCUCAGUGAGCGAAUAGAGCUUCUGCACAGACAGUGGGAGGAGCUGUGCCAUCAGGUCUCCUUACGUCGACAGCAAGUUAGUGAGAGACUGAAUGAGUGGGCUGUCUUCAGCGAGAAGAACAAGGAGCUCUGUGAGUGGCUGACACAAAUGGAAAGUAAAGUUUCUCAAAAUGGUGACAUCCUCAUAGAAGAAAUGAUUGAGAAACUUAAAAAGGAUUAUCAAGAGGAAAUUGCUGUAGCUCAGGAGAACAAAAUCCAGCUCCAGCAAAUGGGAGAGCGACUUGUUAAAGCCAGCCAUGAGAGUAAAGCAUCAGAGAUUGAGUACAAACUUGGCAAGAUCAAUGACAGAUGGCAACAUCUUCUGGAUCUUAUUGCAGCCAGGGUAAAGAAGUUGAAAGAAACCCUCGUUGCAGUGCAGCAGCUAGAUAAGAACAUGAGUAGCCUGAGAUCUUGGCUUGCCCAUAUUGAGUCAGAGCUGUCCAAACCAAUUGUCUAUGAAACUUGCGACUCUGAGGAGAUACAAAGGAAGCUAAAUGAACAGCAGGAAAUUCAGAGGGACAUAGAGAAACACAGCACUGGAGUAGCAUCUGUUCUCAAUUUGUGUGAAGUGCUUCUUCAUGACUGUGAUGCCUGUGCCACAGAAACAGAGAGUGACUCUAUUCAGCAGGCUACGCGCAAUCUGGACAGAAGGUGGAGGAACAUUUGUGCAAUGUCAAUGGAAAGGCGACUUAAAAUUGAAGAGACGUGGCGGUUAUGGCAAAAGUUUUUGGAUGACUACUCAAGAUUUGAAGAUUGGCUAAAAACCUCUGAGAGGACAGCUGCUUUCCCAAGCUCUUCUGGCGUACUUUACACGGUUGCUAAGGAAGAACUGAAGAAAUUUGAGGCCUUCCAGAGACAGGUGCAUGAAAGUCUGACUCAGCUGGAACUGAUUAACAAGCAAUAUCGUCGCCUGGCCCGGGAAAACCGUACUGAUUCUAACUGCAGCCUCAAGCAGAUGGUCCAUGAGGGGAACCAGAGAUGGGACAACUUACAAAAGCGAGUUACUUCCAUCCUGCGCAGGCUAAAACAUUUUAUUGGCCAGCGUGAGGAGUUUGAGACAGCACGUGAUAGCAUCCUGGUUUGGCUAACAGAGAUGGACCUGCAGCUGACCAACAUAGAGCAUUUCUCAGAGUGUGAUGUCCAAGCAAAGAUAAAGCAACUUAAGGCUUUCCAGCAAGAAAUUUCCCUGAACAACAACAAAAUUGAGCAGAUAAUUGUGCAGGGAGAGCAACUCAUUGAGAAAUGUGAGCCAAUGGAUGCAGCUGUCAUUGAAGAAGAAUUAGAUGAGCUGCGUCGUUACUGUCAAGAGGUCUUUGGACGUGUGGAACGUUAUCACAAGAAACUGAUCCAUCUUCCUCUGACAGAUGAUGAACAUGACCUCUCUGACAGAGAGGUGGAUCUGGAUGAAUCAGCAGAUCUCUCUGAUAUACACUGGCACGACAAAUCUGCAGACAGCAUUCUCUCCCCACAUCCUUCUUCCAACCUUUCACUGCCCCUUUCACAGCCAGUGAGAAGUGAGCGAUCAGGUCGGGACACCCCUGCAAGCGUGGACUCCAUCCCCCUGGAGUGGGAUCAUGACUAUGACCUUAGCAGAGACCUGGAGACAGCUGGUUCACGGGAAGUGCACUCUGAGGAAGAAGAUGGAGAACAAGAGAAAGACUUCUACCUGAGAGGAGCAGCAAGUAUAGCAGAUGUAGAGAUCCCUGAAACUCUUGACACCUAUGUAACACUUACAGAAAACGCACUCAAAAAUAUCUCUGGAGAAUCUAGUGCACUAGAAGCACACAUCCUACAGCUGGACAAGGCCUUAGAUACCAGUCGUUUCCAAAUACAGCAAACAGAAAACAUCAUCCGCAGCAAAACACCUACAGGACCAGAGCUGGAUUCCAGUUACAAGGGUUAUAUGAAGCUACUAGGUGAGUGCAGUGGAAGCAUAGACUCAGUAAAAAGACUUGGAUGCAAACUGAAGGAGGAAGAGGAAAAGUUAUCUGGACUUAUUAACCUGAACAGUACUGAAACCCAAACAGCUGGUGUAAUUGACCGAUGGGAAUUAAUCCAGGCUCAAGCUCUAAGCAAGGAACUAAGGAUGAAGCAGAACCUUCAGCAGUGGCAGCAGUUCAAUUCUGACCUUAAUAGCAUUUGGGCUUGGUUAGGAGAAACUGAGGAAGAGCUGGAGAAGCUCCGCUGCCUUGAUGUCAGUACUGACAUACAAACCAUAGAGCUUAGGAUUAGAAAGCUGAAAGAGCUGCAGAAGGCAAUUGAUAACCGCAAAGCUAUCAUUUUAUCCAUCAAUUUGUGCAGCUCAGAGUUCACUCAGUCUGACAGUGAAGAGAGUAAGAAGCUCCAAGAGCACCUGUCACAGAUGAACAUGAGCUGGAAGCAUGUAUGCACUAUGAUGGAUGAAUGGCGCUGCUCACUGCAAGAUGCAUUAAUGCAGUGCCAGGACUUCCAUGAAAUGAGCCAUGGUUUGCUGCUCUGGUUAGAGAACAUUGACAGAAGAAAAAAUGAGAUUAUGCCCAUCAAUCCAAACCUGGACUCAGAAAUUCUGCAGGAUCAUCACAGACUUCUGAUGCAAAUCAGACGUGAACUGCUGGAGUCUCAGUUGAAAGUGGCAUCACUGCAAGAUAUGUCCUGCCAAUUGCUAGUCAAUGCUGAAGGCAAGGACUGUCUUGAAGCUAAAGAAAAGGUGCAUGUCAUUGGAAACAGACUGAAGCUCCUCUUGAAAGAGGUUAUACGUCACAUAAAAGACCUAGAGAAGAUUCUAGACAUUUCAAGUAGUCAACUGGAUUUAUCCUCAUGGUCUUCUGCUGAUGAGCUAGACACAUCAGGCUCAGUGAGUCCUGUAUCUGGACGAAGUACGCCAAGCAGGCAGAGAACGCCACGGGGCAAAUGUAGUCUCUCACAGCCUGGACCCUCUGUCAGCAGUCCACAUAGCAGGUCCAUAAGAGGUGGCUCAGGUUCCUCCCCUUCUGAGGCUGGGCCAGUAUGGCAGCACCCAUCCUUCUUCCUCAGAGUCCUCAGAGCUGCUCUGCCACUUCAGCUCCUUUUGCUGCUCCUGAUCGGGCUAGCUUGCCUGGUGCCAAUGACCGAGGAAGACUACAGCUGUACUAUGGCCAAUAACUUUGCCCGCUCUUUCCAUCCCAUGUUAAAAUACAUGAAUGGUCCACCUCCAUUAUGAAGUUGUGAUACAGCAGGUGAUCUUGCUGGAGUACUGGCCAGGUGGCAGGAUGGUUUUAAAGGGUGACAGGACUCACUGUGGCAGCUUUACCUGUCUGCUGCAGCCACCACUGUGUCAAUACCAUUCUCUACUGGCACUCAGACAAUAACAAAUAUCAGUACCAAACUACGCAACAUAUUACCUGAGUAGCAUUACUUCAGUAUUUGCAUCUGGGGCACUAAGGAAGAUGUGACAUGAGUAAGGGAAAUGUCCUUUUGUCCAGCAUUGUGGAUCUUUUAGCCACUUUAUACCCAGGCCACUGCCCUGUACUAUGCAUAGCCAAGGACUUGAUACUGUAGAUCCUUUCCUGUGUGCUGCUCUAUAUGAGCUAUUAGCCUGUAUUUGUUAAAUACCUUCUCCGUAUCUACAGUAUGCAAAAUAACUAAUGUUUAAGAAAUUUUAGAGCAUUUGUAUCAUACAAUUUUAAAGGAUCUUGUAUGGCAUUGUAUUAUUCCCUGUGAUUUCUGUUUAGGGCAUGGUGAUCUAACCUUUGCUUUGGAUGUACAAGGUGUAAAUCUGAGAAGCACUUUUUUUAAGGUUUAAAAAAAUGGAUGUAAUAAAUGAGAUCACAAAAAGUUUUAUGAGGAAAAAUGUUGAAUGUCAAGUUGAAAAACAAAGAACAUAUUUAUGUAUGUACAGUUUGCUAAGCCAAGUUUUGUUUGUAUUCAUUUCUUUGCAUUUAUUAUAGAUACCAUAAAAUAUUUUGUCUACGUGCUUUUUAAGGACAACUAUGAAAACCUCUAAGUUUAGAAUGAGAUAUGUAUGGUAUAAAAAAAAAUAGAAAACAUUCAUAUGCUGCACUUCUAAGAAAUUAAAAAUGCUGUAACAAUUUAACAGUAUUGUUGGCUAUCUGUUAGAAUAAAAUCAUCUGGAAAAUGUGA